CGAACGAUCAUGCGGUUUAGAUGUUUUUAUUCCACAUGUCAGUGAAUAUGAUCAAACGUGAUGUAAAUAAAUCGCAAUAGUGUUAAUCAUCCGAUGCUUUUAUCAAAUUUUCAAAGGUGUGUUUGAACGAUUUCGUGUAAGGUUCUUGGCACGCGGUCGAUAUUUAUGCGAUGAAACAUGGUCAAAAUGAAAGCGGAAACGAUCGACAGUGAUACACAAAUUGAUUGUGAUAGCAAAGAGAAUAUGCAUAGUGAGGAUUACGGUGUCGAAGCGGAAUUAACGAGCCUUACGUGGUUACAAUCGCUCGACAUUACAAGUGCCUCUAGUUUGCCAACGCCACCCUGUUCUCCAUCUCCUCCGCCAGUUACGCGACAACCGAAAAAGAAGCUUUCACCGUUAAUCAAAGCUGAAUUAGAUCUCGCUGCGAAUGCUGAAAAGUACCGAACCGACCCCGAUGCAAAACCACCCUUCUCCUACGCCACGAUUAUCUGUUUAGCAAUGCGAGCAAAUAACAAUAAAGUGUCCCUUUCGAACAUAUACGCGUGGAUCCGAGAGAAUUUCUUAUUUUACAAGUACGCCGAUCCAGCCUGGCAGAAUUCCAUUCGGCACAAUUUGUCAUUGAACAAGUGUUUCGUGAAAUUACCACGAUCGAAGGACGAGCCAGGCAAGGGUGGCUUCUGGAAGCUGGACCUGGAGAGGAUGGAAGAGGGCAGGAAGUCGAAACGUCGCGCAACGAUGUCCCAGCGGAUCCGUGGCUCCAAGAACUUCGCUCCAGCUAAAACAACGGUAACGAAUAGUACGCAAAGCAAUGGUGCAUCCUCGGUCAACAAUUUGUCAACAUUGUACGAGACACCUCCGAGUAGCGUGUCCCCUCCGAUUCCAGACUGUCUCUCGGAGAUACCGGAGUCCACCCAAGUCAGUUUGAGCGAAGAUGAUUUAACUGGUUUAUUAAUAGCCACCGCGGGGUGGGACGAGAAUCAAUUAGAUCUCUUAGAUUCCCUUCUGGAUACUCUUUAAAAUGAAUGUUUUUUCUUUCUUCUUAACACGUUGAAUGCUCUGGUGGUCCUUUUGCAUUUGAAUAUCUGAAAUAAAAAAAUAUCCUUGUUAGUUUAGAAGAAAAUUGUUCGUUUUAUUUGUUUACCAUUUUGAGGCCUUCAGGUUGGUUCAAAUUGUUCCAAUAAAUAUUGAAUUUUAAAUACUUUCAAUAAUUUUAAAUAAUUAUUUUCACCGUGACACUCAACGUGUUAAUUUUCCUUAAGCUUUCAUUGUUUUUUGAAAAGUGAAGCAGAUCUUAAUUUGAUAUUAAAAGUGGAGAAAUGAAAGAACCAUUUGAAGUUUGAUCAAGAAGCGUGUAUGUACAUAAGAUGUUUAUUUGAAAUUAAUUUAUGUUUAUUUAAUCAGUAUUGUUGAUAGUAUUUGUUAAUAUAAAGACAUGAUUCUCGCUUAUUAUUCGACUGAACGAAUUAGAUUCAUUUCGCAAUAAAUUUGCUAAUCGAUAAGAUAUAAUUAUAAUACUUGUGAAACAAUAAUUUACAGUGUGCCUUUGAAUGAUUAAAUAGAUAUUUACAGUUAACAAAAUUAAUGUUUGCCAAGUCGAUUAAUUCGUAAAGAGUACCAUUUAUAUUUCAGCUAUGACACAAAGUGCCUUAUUAAAUUGUCAUCAGCAAAUAUUUAUACUUUGAUCAUUCAACAUUUCAGUACGAUAGUCUUUAAUCGUUCCAAGGUCAGAAAUUAUAAUUCCUAAAUGAAGUAAAAAAAGAUUAAUUGUAAUGGCGAAUAAGGAUAAUUGUGUAAUGAUAAAUAAAUUGAAAAAAAAACGAGAAUUG